CUGCCACGUCAGCUUCUCUUCCUCCUCCAGCCCACCAGACAACAUUUCUCCCGUUCUUCUCUUCUUCCUUUCUCUCUGACUCCGCUCUUCCCACCUGAAGUUUCAUUUAAUCUAAAGCUCUGUCAAUGGCGAUGAAGCUGCACGAUCGUUUAUACGUCUCCUCAAGCUCAACUGGUCGGUUGUGGUCGAAACAUGAAAGAUAUUGCUAUGACGACUUGGAAGACUCUGCACAUCCUUAUCUUUCACGAAGACCCGUUAGAACAUGCUUCUCUUGUAAAAGUGCUGUCACCUUGGAUUACCUGCUCAUUAAUUGGAAACAUUCGAGGAAAAGAUCUGCCAUGAGAGUUGAUGUCUUGGAUGGUACGGGCCACUGCAUCAAUAAUCUCCCUUUGGGAAUCAAGAGAGACUUUCUGAGCUUACGUAAGUCAAGAAGAGUGGGGCACUUCACUACCCUUGCAUCUGCCGAAGACGGAGUUACUGUCAACGGGAGUCCUCAGGGAGGUACUAGUAGUGGUGAUGUCGAGGAUAUGAGAGUCAAACUUGACCGCACAUUGCAAGAUGAAGACUACAAUGAUGGGCUUGUCCAGUCUCUUCAUGAUGCUGCCCGGGUAUUUGAGUUAGCAAUCAAGGAACAUUCUUCACAUUCCAGAGUAUCUUGGUUUACAACUGCCUGGCUCGGUAUCGACAGAAAUGCAUGGUUGAAGACGCUGUCUUACCAGGCUUCAAUUUAUUCCUUACUGCAAGCAGCGAGUGAAAUUUCGUCUCGAGGGGAUCACAGGGACAGGGACGUAAAUGUAUUUGUCCAAAGAAGUUUAUCAAGACAAUAUGCUCCACUGGAGAGUGUAAUCAGGGAGAAAUUAUUGGACAAGCAGCCAGAUAUAUAUGAUUGGUUCUGGUCAGAGCAGGUUCCAGCUGUGGUUACAUCCUUUGUAAAUUACUUUGAAGGGGAUUCCCGCUUUACUGCCACGACUACUGUGGGUGGGAAAGGGAUGUCUGUGCAACCAGGAAACGCCGUGUCUGUCCGACCAGGAAACGCCAGUGACACAUCUCUCCUUAUGCUCGCCUUAACUUGUGUGGCAGCAAUCACCAAGCUUGGCCCAGCAAAAGUUUCUUGUCCACAGUUUUUUUCCAUGAUUCCAGAUGUUACUGGCCGGUUGAUGGACAUGCUAGUUGAUUUUGUCUUGAUACAGCAAGCCUAUAAAUCAGUAAAGAAAAUAGGUCUACGCAGAGAGUUUCUUCUCCAUUUUGGUCCUCGAGCUGCAUCAUGUAGAGUGAGAAAUGAUCGGGAUGCGGAGGAGGUUUCUUUCUGGGUAAACCUUAUCACAAACCAGCUGCAACGAGCUAUAGAUAGGGACAGAAUAUGGUCAAGACUAACUACAUCUGAAAGCAUUGAGGUAUUGGAGAGGGACUUAGCUAUAUUUGGAUUUUUCAUUGCCCUGGGGAGAAGGACGCAGGUCUUUUUAUGUGCAAAUGGUUUUGAUGGUAUAGGAGAUCCUAUUGAAGGUUGCAUUAGAUACUUUAUAGGAGGUAGUGUUUUAUACUACCCUCAGCUUUCAUCAAUAAGUUCUUACCAACUGUUUGUGGAGGUGGUCUGCGAGGAGCUUGAUUGGCUUCCAUUUUUCCCGGGCCUGGUAGACAAUCCAAAACAGUCGCAUGGUCACAAAAGUAAACAAGAACUUCCCCCAAAUCCCGAAGCUAUCCCCCAGGCAUUGGAUGUAUGUUCUCACUGGAUUCAGAGCUUUAUUAAGUAUAGCAAAUGGUUAGAGAAUCCUUCCAACGUCAAGGCAGCAAGAUUUCUUUCCAGAGGGCACAACAAGUUAAUGGAAUGCAGGGAGGAUCUGGGAAUAUUGAAGAACGAAGGUAUGGAAAUCAAUACAAAAGGUUCAUCUAAGGCUGUAACUACAAGAUAUUCAACAUCUGAAAACAAGGCUGAUUCCUUAGACAAGGCAUUGGAGAGUGUGGAGGAAGCUCUUAUGAGACUGGAGGAGCUGCUUCAAGAAUUGCAUGUAUCAAGUUCUAGUUCUGGAAAGGAGCAUCUAAAGGCUGCCUGUUCUGACCUUGAGAAAAUAAGGAAACUAAAGAAAGAAGCUGAAUUUCUUGAGGCAUCUUUCAGAGCAAAAGCAGCAUCAUUGCAGCAGGGAGAUGGGGAUGGUCAUUCUAAACCUUCUAUUAGUGGACAGAAGCAAUUCCUGAAAGGAAAAAACAGAAAUGGAGAUACUGCAAUGCCAAAUAGUGGAAAAAGUAAUUCUCGUGGAUUGUGGAACUUCUUUAAGAGCUGGCCUUCUGAAAAGCCCGACUCUGAUCUGGCAACUUUGGGUGGAUCGGAUGAUGAAUAUAUUCGGCAGCUUAAUGCGGAGAUGGAUUCUCAAGACUCAGAAUUAAGUGGCAUACGCCGUUUUGAACUUUUGAGGAAUGAGCUAAUAGAACUUGAAAAACGAGUUCAAAGAAGUGCUAACAAGUCUGACACUGAUGAGGAUAUUCAGCUUGCAGUUGAAAGUGCUGAAAAUGAUGAGAUUAGUCUAGAUUCUCAGUUGGUUCAGGUUCAGAAGAAAGUGAACAUCAUUGAGAAGUCACUUGACAAGCUGAAAGAUACGAGCAGGGAUGUUUGGCAAGGCACUCAACUUCUUGCUAUUGAUGUCGGAGCUUCCAUGGAAUUGCUUAGAAGGGGCCUCAUUGGAGAUGAAUUGACAGGCAAGGAAAAGAAAGCUCUCCGAAGAACGAUGACCGACUUAGCAUCUGUUGUCCCCAUUGGUGUCUUGAUGCUCCUCCCGGUCACUGCAGUCGGCCACGCAGCUAUGUUAGCUGCAAUUCAGAGAUACGUACCACAACUGAUACCUUCUACAUAUGGGCCCGAGAGACUUGACCUCCUGAGGCAACUCGAGAAAGUUAAGGAAUUGGAGACCUCCGAAGCGAAUCCCAAAGAACCCACAGAGGAAUUGGCCUGAACUGAGCCUCUCCAUGUGCCUUCCAUCCGGGAGGGAUACCAUGCUUAUGAGAGAAAAGCAUUGAGGGGUAACUUCCCGCAUUGGGUUCUCGUGGCAAGCAACUCUACUGCAAAAUUCUUGUUUGGGGGUGGCCAUAAGUACUUCGUACCUCACCCCCCCCCCCCCCCCCCCCCCCCCCCCCAAUUGGCAUUGUCAAUAUUCCUUGUAGACUCUGCUAAGAGCAUGUAACAUGGUUUAAAGAUUGUUGACAUUCUUUCAUUGAUCGUCCAUUCCAUUUUUUCACUAUCAGUUGCAAUUAUAGAAGGCGUUAAGUUGCCCCUUUUUGA